AUGAAUGCCGCGAUUGCACCGAUCACUGCCACAACAGCAACCGCAGCCCCGAUACCAAUGCCAGCCUUCGCCCCACCAGACAGCGUCGAUCCAGCAGCCGCCGUGGUCGAUCCCGACGCACUACUUGAGGUCGUGCUACUUGUUGAAGACUUCUGCGACUGCCUAGAAGACGCAGCUGGCGAACUACCAGAAGUCGAUCCUCCAAUGCCCACAAGAUUGUUCGUGCUCGUCGCUCUCGACGCACUCGAUAUCGUUGAAUUGGUCGUCGGAAAGAUUGCCGUCGGGAUCGCUGCUGUGCUAGGGUAA